AGUAUGUUAUAUCACCCUAAAAUAAAAUGAGCUUUACACCUGGACACAAAAAAAAAUACCACUGAGACAAAUAAAAGCAACAAUGGCAGUCUUAAAAGUGACAUUUACGAAGACAAACAGAGACAAACUGGCCCAGGUUUUAUGGGUACUGAACUGGGUGUCUGUGGUAACUGGAGUCACGCUCUUCAGCCUGGGUCUGUUCUUAAAGGUGGAGAUUGUGAAGAGACGGGAGCUGAUGUCAAAAGAGAUUGUGUCAGUGCCAAACAUGCUUAUCUUUGUUGGCUUGACUGCCUGUGCGAUCAACUUCCUUGGGGGAAAGAUCUGCUAUGACUGUGUGGACACUACCAAGUUCCUGCGAUGGAAGCUGCUGAUGCUGCCUUACAUCAUAUGUACCUUUUUCUUUACAUUUUGUAUCCUCGUGGGAGCAUUGAUGUGCUAUAGCAUGCGUAAUGAUCUGGAGGAGUCACUGUUUUUGGGCUUACGUGACGCCAUGCGCUACUAUAAAGAUACGGACAUGCCAGGCCGCUGCUACAUCAAGCGCACAAUGGACAUGCUGCAAAUGCAGUUUCAGUGCUGUGGCAACGAAGGAUAUCGAGACUGGUUUCACAUUCAGUGGAUCAGCAACCGCUACCUGGAUAUGACUGAUAGCGGAGUUGCGGAACGACUGCGGAGUAAUGUGGAGGGGAAGUAUCUGAUCGACGGAGUGCCAUUUAGCUGCUGUGGCCUGCAUUCUCCUCGUCCCUGCAUCCAGCAUCAAAUCACUAACAACUCAGCACACUAUAAUUACGAAUACCAGAAGGAGGAGCUGAACCUGAACCGGAGGGGCUGCAGACAGGCACUGCUGGAGCACUACACACAGAUAAUGCAGUCCAUUGGCUUAAUAGUUCUCAUCAUCUGGCUUUUUGAGGUGUCAGUGUUGACAGGAGUACGCUAUCUUCAGACGGCCAUGGAGAAUGUGCUGAGGUUAGGAGACCCUGACUCUGAGUCUGAUGGCUGGCUUCUGGAGAACAGCAUUGCGGACACUGCACGUUAUAAUUUCAACAUCAUCAAGAACCUGGGAAAAUGCUACCAGGUGGAUGACGAUCCCAACAUUGAUGUACCCAGCACCAGCCAGCAAGCACAAGAGAACGUCCCUGUAAAGCAAAUCCCUGUAGCCCAGUAGUACAAGAGACAUUGGACAUUGAGACUUAACCAGCCAUUUAACAAUGACAGCCUUGGAGAGGCAGAUUGUGAUCUGCAUUGCAGCCUUUGACUCUUUACUUGAUGCAAACAAAGAGGAAUGGACGUUAAGAAUGGCCUGAAACAAUAAAACAUAAUGUGAAGGAGCUCUCGGCUGAAAGGCACUGCAUUGCAAUAUAAUCCUUGUGCCAUUCAAAAGAAAAAGACAAUGAAAUGUGCAAUGCAUUUUAAGAUGCUGGGGAACAGGACUGAUUUGUAACACUGGAUAACACUGCUGUAAAGAAAGAUGGUAAUGGAAGACAAGCUUCCCUGUGCCUCUGCCCUGUAAUGAAGAUCAUUUUGUCCAUCCUAAAAAUAUCUUAAUUAUAAACGCAUUUCAGGUUAAUCUGAAAAGGGUUAAAUUAUAAGCCUUUGUUUUAUUACUAAGGAGCUAUUACCAUCCAUAAUGUAUAAAAUGCCUUUGACUCUCUCACUCAUUUGCUUUACUUGUUUCAUUGUAGGUCCAUUUUCAGUUUUUUCUUCUAGUAAACCAUUCACAAAUUGCUUUGGAGACUUGCAGUAUCUGGCAAGGUUGAAUUUGUACUUGAUGGCUACUUAUUAAUACUAACGGUGGCUUCUAAAUGCAUUAUUGCAGCACAGCUGUUUUAUAUAAGCCUAAAUUGUUUUGAAAUAUGUUAAACCCAUUGUGUGUUUAUUCUUGUGUGGCUUUAUUUCUCACAAUUACUUUUUUCUUAUAUUUGGCAACUAUUCAAAGCAAAAUGCUUUGUCAAUUUUUAUCGGGCAUUUUUCUCAUAUGCAAAAAUAAA